GGUUUUGUGUGAAUACAGGUGGGGGAAAAACACCGGGGAAAAACAACUGUCAUGUUUUGACAAGGAAACAAGUGAAAGAGGAAAGUCCGACAUCUUGCGGUGUGAACAUUUACAAACGUAAUUCGUCCAUCUUCACUUAAAGUAAAAACAAACGUUUAGACCGAUCCGACAUUCUUGUCUCGUUCCUGUCUGAGCGUCUAGACUCGGAUCCACAUCGUCAGCGCUUCAUCAUGGCAGGUCGACCCAACGGGCCGGCCACAGGAAAUAAGAUAUGCCAGUUCAAGCUGGUUCUUCUGGGCGAGUCAGCUGUGGGGAAGUCCAGUCUGGUUCUGCGCUUUGUCAAGGGCCAGUUCCACGAGUACCAGGAAAGCACCAUCGGAGCGGCCUUCCUCACACAGACUGUGUGCCUGGAUGACACAACAGUAAAGUUUGAGAUUUGGGACACAGCCGGACAGGAGCGCUACCACAGCCUGGCCCCGAUGUACUACAGAGGAGCUCAGGCAGCCAUCAUCGUCUACGACAUCACUAAUAUUGACACAUUUGCACGAGCGAAAAAUUGGGUGAACGAGCUGCAGAAACAGGCAAGUCCCAACAUUGUCAUCGCCCUGUCUGGAAAUAAAGCUGACCUCACUAACAAGAGAGCCGUCGAUUUCCAGGAAGCGCAGGCGUACGCUGACGAUAAUGGCCUGCUGUUCAUGGAGACGUCAGCCAAAACAGCAAUGAACGUCAACGAGAUAUUUAUGGCCAUUGCGAAGAAGCUGCCGAAGAACGAGCCUCAAGCUGGGGGAGGUGGAGCCAGUGGGCGGGGUCGAACAGGUGUGGACCUCCAAGACUCCGCCCACCAGAGCUCCACAGGCAAAUGCUGCAACUGAUUCACUGAUUCGUUUAUUCUGGUAGCAAAGGGUCCAGACAGAGUCGCAGAGGAACCGAAGACGAGCGCCUGGCAUUUAUAGUGAUGAUGAUGAUGAUGAUGAUUGAUUCUUUCAGAGAUUAUGUUUUUGAUCAUUAUUUCCUACAGAAAUCAUAUAAGCUAGCACUUCCUCUCUCACUCUUUCACUUCCUGUCCGGUGUAUCCAUAUUGUAUGAAAAUACUAACUUGAUUUAUGUCUCGAGGCUCGUUUUAAAAAACACAAUAAACAGCUGUGAGUGUUUUGGUGGUGGGUGGUGCGUGCACCACUUUUCCCUCCUCCCCUUUGUUAUUUAGUUUUUGUUCUUAUUUUUUGGUGUGUAACAAUCUUUAAUGAAGAGCUCAUGGUGGGAAUCUUGCACCCUAAUCAUUUUGUACAUGAAUGAGUAUUGUUUUUAUUGCAAUGGUGGACAUCAUGGCAUUAUCAUCGGGGUUGUGUGUGUGUGUGUGUGUGUGUGAGAGAGAGAGAGAGAGAGAGCGAGAGAGCAUUACCUCUGAUACCUGAAGAAGCAUUUUUAACAUUGUAGUUUUUCAAUCUGUAAAGAGGAAAAUAAAAAAAGGAGGGAAA